UCUGAACAUAAAACUAUCUGUAUGUGAACGUUGACUCAGACCACGAAGUGGCACAGUUCUGUCUGAGACGAGAGGAAGCUGAGUUACAUUUCAGUUAAAAUCUGGUUUCAAUACACAAAUGGCAGCUAUUGGACAAACUCUCCCACCUGGACGUAACUUGGUUAAUGUGUCCCCGCAACCAAUUCUUCGCUUUCUGAAAGGCCAGCCAAAAGCACUUGGGACUGUCCAAAUAAUGAUCGGAGUGAUAACUCUUGUGUUUGGGAUUGUGUUGGUGUCUGAUCCUCAAUAUGCCCCGGCCUCUGUUCUGACCGGAAAUGUUUACUGGGCCUCGAUAGUCUACAUCAUCGCUGGCUCACUGUCUGUCGCAGCAGAAAACAAUCUAAAUUCCUGUUUGGUGAAGGGCUCGCUGGGAAUGAAUGUGGUCAGUGCUGUAUUUUCAGCAGUAGGCAUCGGUGUACUGACAACAGACCUUUUCUUAUAUUACUACUGCAACUCUUAUGAAGACUGUUACAGGUUUAUGGCACGGUCCAAAGCGAUCAGUGGGGUGCUGCUGGUUUUCGCUUUUCUUCAGUUCAUCAUCUCCAUCUCCAUCUCAGCAUUUGCCUGUAAAGCCACCUGCUGCUCUGACAUGAUGGUGCCUGUUGUAAUGUAUGGCAACCAGGCAGCAACCGGCAACCCACAGGUUUCUGUGUUAACGAUUCCCAACCAAGCAGUUAACAGUAACCCACAGAAUGUGGUUUACCCCCCACAAGCCCAGGUGAACAACCCGGUAUCACAAAACGUGUACGAAUGGACACACAGAAGAUAACUGACCAACAAGAUGAAAAGCUUGAAAAUCAUAUAAAACAAACAAACAAAAAAUUAUUUGAGCAUUUAAUGUUUUGAGUCAUG